UAAUGAGUGAGUGGUGUUUAUUAUUAUGCGUUAGUAAAUUUAGUUCUGAAUAUAAACGUAUUAUUUACGUAUUUCGCGAAUUUUAGAAAACGUGUCAUCAAGACAUAUGUUGUAAUAUUCAAACAUAGUAAUAUUUUAAAGUAUCCUGGAACCUCGAACGAUAUAUUGAUGAAACUUGUUGCGCCAGUGGUUUUAAAAAAUGAAGCUCUUGGACAUUGGGGACCUUCCAGUAGAAUUAACAUCCAAUCCUUCAGCAUAUAUUGCAGUUACUGGCUUAGACGUUGAAAAUAAUGCUAUUCACAGAACAAUAUGGGAAUCUUUUAAUGCAAGCCGGCAAGAUCGAGUAUCAUUAUUUUUAAAACUUUUACCCAUUGGCCAUGAAUUUCCUAAAGCUAAACCAAAGCGCACAUCAUAUGACUGGUAUGUGCCAAAAGGAAUUUUAAAAACAAAUUGGUUGGCAAAACAUUUGACUGAAAUUCCUGCUGUUGCUGUUCAGUUUGUUGAUUUGGAUUGGGAUAGCCCUGCAUGGUCAGAGAAACGUUUGGAAUGUGCGAAUAAACUUGAAGUUUUAAGGGAAUCUCUCCAAGGUAGAAGCACACGAGUAGCACUUGUUUUAAUUCAGAAAAGAGCUGCUCUGCCUGGUGCUGAUGAUCAGAUUGCAGCUGAAAGAGCAGCAUCUUUAUGCAGUGCUUGUGAUUUGUCUGGGAAAACAUUAUUUGUACUGCCACACUCUGACCACUUAUAUGGUUAUACUUUGCGUUUGCAGAAUGCCUUCUAUGAAUUGGCCCAAACUUAUUUUCAUCAUGAAAGCCGGCGCAUUAAAAAUCACAGAGAUCACUUGAAUAAAACCACUCACCAGCUACUUUUUGUGAGACAUCAGUUUAAGAUAGCCUUCCUUACUGAGCUGAAACAAGAUAUCAAUACAGCUUUAAAAAAUUACAAGCAAGCUUAUGCAAAUUUAAUGGAAGUAAGAGCUUCUGAUGCCAAUAUGUUGGAAAUUAAGACUAUCGCAGGAUUUAUAAAUUAUAAGAUGUGCCGCUUAUCAUUUCUUAAUGGAGCCCCUUUAGAUGCUAUAGCACAAUUUCGAAACCAUGUAGAUAUAUUCAAGAACAAAGUUGGGCACCCAGAAUUAGCAUUCGAACAUAGUGCUUGGAUGUCAAAACAAUUUAGUCAUUUUGGAGAUCUGUUUGAGGAUGCUGUGCAACAAGGAUUAAACGCAAUUCAAACUCAACAUCCAGGCUUUUAUUAUCAGCAGGCGGCAAACCAUGCUUCUAAUCGUAAAAUGUUAUGCUAUAAAUUGUGCAAAUCUGUUGAAAAACCUCCAGAUUUUGAAGUAUUGGAAGGAGCUGAUUCAUUAGAAUUUUAUGGUCAGAGGCCCUGGCGAGCUUGUUGUCAGAGUUUGGAACCACCUGAUCCCCAAAAAGAAAUGCAAGGAAUCUUAGCUUUGAAGUAUAAGGAAUACCAUGAAGUAGACCAUUCUAUGAUAAUUAUACCUCUUCUAAGCAGUGCUGUAGCUCAGUUUAAGAAGUACAAGUGUCCUAGAAUGAAACGACAGUUAACUGUAGAAAUGGGAGAAGAAUAUUAUUGUUACAAAGAUUACAGGCAGGCUUUAACCUUGUUGAAGCAUGUACUUUGGGACUAUAGGAUUGAAAAAUGGCGUCCAAUUGUUUCUAGCAUACUUUCCACUGCUUUGCGUUCUGCAUAUUUAUCUGCUAGUGUGCAAGACUAUAUUUUAUUAGGCAUUGAGAUAAUCAGCAAUUGGAUUUUAUGUAGUACAGAUGAAAAAACUGUUGUUCAAAAUAAUAUAAGUAAUAUAUUAUUGGGAAAGCCACUAUUUGCUAUGCCUGGAAUUUCUGAGCAAGAUAAUAAAGAAGCAGAAAAGUUAUGGCAGGAAACAAUGCAUAAUCACAAGGAACCUCUUAUUUUCACUAUUCAGAUGGCAUCAAUUGUUCCAUUUAUUGAAUGUAAAGCUGGCUUUGCAUCUGAAAGUUAUAUGGCUGAUCAGCGGAUCACAGUUACAGUUUAUUUGAGGAUGAACUGCCCGCAGCCAAUCUCAUUUUCUAAAUUAACUGUAUUGUUUAAUAAUGAAUAUUAUAAUCAUUUCUGUGAAGUUCCCUCAGCUAAUGACAAAAUUAACUAUUCUGAAGAAACAAAUGUGCAUAAGCUUAAUCUUGUACCUCGAAAUACCUACACUUACACUUUUAGUUUUAUACCUGAUUUAAAUGACAUAGGCAAGACAAUCCAGAUCACAUCUGUUGCUCUGCAGAUGGGCUCUGAUGAAUAUUUGUGUUCUGUUCUGCAUUGGACUACUCCUCCUGAAAUACUUUCAGUAUUUGCUUCUGGUGCAACAUCAGUGAAAGCAGGCUCUUUCAGUGAUGAUCCAACAUUCCAAAACAUAAUUCCUUUGUCACAUGCUAUGAUUUUGCCAAGAAGUGCUCAAAUUAGUAUCAACAUUGAUCAUCAACCACCGGUUCUGAUUAAUGAGUUUUAUGUUUUCUCACUUACCAUUGUGAAUGAUGAAAUAAACAAAAUUGAUAAUGUCAUGCUCAGUGUUUAUCUGAAUGAAGGGCAGGAACAGUUUGUUCAUGAAAGUACUCAUCUUUCUGAAGUUCCAGAACAACCACAACAAUUUGUUCAGCAUUUGCCUUAUGUUUCGCUUGGAGAAAUUGCUCCUGGGGAGCAGACUCAGAAGGUUAUUUACCUGAAGGCUGCUGAAGUGGCUGUGCGAAAAAUAGUUUUUGAAGUAACAUAUAAUAUUAACAUAGAAAUAGAUGAUCAGCUUUUAUGUUGUUGCUGCAAGAAAACUCAAGAUCUGGAAGUUUCAUCUAUAGAACCUUUUGAAUUUAUGGUCAAAAUCUUAAACAUGAAAUUUGAAGAACAGCAGAAUAUUCGAACAGAAGAGCCAUUUAUAUUAAAAAUAGAUGUGCAUUCCUUUUCUUCAAUACCGUUAUAUCUUGAAGAUUCUAAAAUUGAGUUGCCCUAUCAAAUAAAAUUUGUGGAUAAGGAUGUUACUUCACUUCUGCAAAAUUUUUUUGACUCUCUUCAUUUCAAUGAAGCUGCUUGUGAGUGCUUUGUUCUUGUAUCAGAUGCAGAUUGCCCUCCCAAAAUAAACUUAGGUGCUUACACUUUAAAAUGGAAGAGAAAAUCAUCUAGUGAGCAGUGCUACUCCAUUCACACUGAUGUUCUGUUGCCUGUAAUAGAUGCCACAAAACCACCUAUAUUUUUAGAGCUGGAAAGCCCAGCUCAUGGUUGGGUUCGCACUCCCAUGACUAUAACUUAUUUUAUCCACAAUCGAACUACAUGUGUACAGGAUAUGGAGUUAGUAGUGGAUAGCAGUGAUGCUUUUAUGUAUGCAGGGAAUAAGCAGAUGCAUUUCCGAAUUUUGCCAAGAGAUGUUUAUAAAUUGAAAUACAAUCUUUAUCCUUUGGUACCUGGUUAUGCUCUUUUGCCACAUCUGCGUUUAACUCUGAGUCCUGGAAGAUCAAAUGAGCUUUCACUUGAUCCUCUUAUCCGAGAAAUGAUUCCUUCUCAUAUAUUUGUCAUGCCACAAGGAAAAGGAAAUUCAGAAGAUGUUGCAAGACUAGCAUAGCAUAUGAUUCAGCGUGCAUGUUUAUUAAAAUUUUUAGUAUAUGCUCUUAUACUGUGAUAGCAAAAAACAUGAGCAUCAUUUUGUGGUCAUUGUACAUUGUAAAUUAUGCUCUCAAAUAUUUAUAAUUAUGUAGACAUUUAUAGUUAUAUAUGGAGUAUUCAUAAUUCUAAUCUGUAUGUGAGAUUUUUACAGAAUAAUAAAUAUUUUUUUCUUUUAA